AUGGUUUCUUCACGCUUCUUGACGCUAGCUCUCAGCACAUCGGCGUCGGUCGUGGCAGCUUUAACGACACCAGCGAGGAGUGAGACAGCAACUGCUCAAUGCAACAAGGCCCUGCCGAAGGGUCGCGCACCUGGUAACGAAUACACGAUUCCUUACACCGACAAAGAGGGCCGGUCAAGAGACUAUCUCUUGUUCCUACCUCCAAAGUACUCCACAAAGUCCAAUAACCCCAUCAUCUUCUCCUACCAUGGUGGAACCAGGACACCAGAGUCGCAGCGAGAUCUCGACCGACUAGAAAGUCCAUACUUCAAUACCGACCACAUCGUGGUUUAUCUUCGUGGAUAUGAGGAACGAUGGGAAGGCACUCCAAAUAUCACCAAGAGAAACGACAUUGAGUACACCAGCAAUGUUUUAGACGAUCUUGAAAAGACAUACUGCAUCGACACGAACCGCGUUUUCAUGACUGGAAAAUCCAAUGGUGGUGGCUUUGUCAACUAUGCUGCAUGCCACAACGAGCUUUCAACGCGUUUCGCUGCUUUUGCGCCUGUCUCUGGCUCGUACUACGUCGAAGGUGCUGAGGGUUGCAAUCCCAAGACCGUCGACAUCCCAUGCAACCCAGGACGGUCCAACAUCCCCCUCAUUGAGUUCCAUGGCGGAAUCGAUGGAACCAUUCCUUACGAAGGUAACCCAAGCCGCCGGGGCGCCUGCUUGCCUGACGUAUUUCACUGGGUGACCGAAUGGGCUCUUCGUGAUGGUCUCAACGAGAUGGCGUGCGAGAAGAAUAUCACAUCGCGUGCGCAAAUGUAUCGCUGGGGCUCAGGCGACAAGAAGGGCCUCGUUACUCACGUCUAUGAGCAUGACGUGGAUCACAGUUGGCCGUACACUGGGGAGAAUGCCGAUAACAAGGAGCACGGAGAUGGUCCGGCAUCCUACAAUGCGUCUUCAUAUAUUAUGGACUUCUUCAGCAAACACACACUGGCUUAG